ACUUCACCAUAAUUUAACGUUGUUUAUUGCAUUACUAUGAUUAUCAUUAUUAUAGUAUUUUUUUUUUUUUUUUGAUAAGCAUUAUUAUUAUAGUAUAUUUGAUCAAAGACCAAUGACUCAAUGUUAUUGACUGAGUCGGUAUCUUUAUCUUUUUCUUAAUUGUUGCCUUUUAAUUUUAUUAGAAAAAAGUGAAACUUCUCACAAUUUUCUUUGGGGUCUUCUCAUUGAUUGAUUAUUUUUUCUCAGAAAUAAAAAAGCAAGAAACAUCUAUUAUUCAUUGAAGCAUGCGUGUGUAUUUUUUUAUAUAGCUUUUUGUUAUUAAUAUUAAUUUAUAUCUAUAUUAUGGAUCAUGAUCAUCUUCAAAACCAAAUAACUAAUCAAAAGUGAAAACCUAUUUUUCUUUCUUUCAAUUUUUUUUUUUUUUUGUUGUCUUGCUUUUUCAACUGACAUCAUUAAAACAAGACAAUAACAUCACUUUAGGUUUCUUCAACAAUCAUAUUCAUUCUGUCUUUUGUUUUCAACCAUUCAAUUUGUUCCAAAUUUUUUCAUAGUUACUAUGUUUCAAAGAAACCCUUUAUACACAAACCCAGAACCAUGUCAGCAUCUUUCUGAUUACAAACACAAACAUGGAUUCAGUGGCUACAAAGCUAUUCAAAAGCUACUUGUAACUUCUCCAAUUGGAAAAAUUAGUUUAAAAAAACCUAAUUUAAGAAUACCCAGAUGCAGUUUUUGUAAUGGGUGUGAAAAAAAAAGGAUUUUUUUAUGUUUGAUUUGUUCUUCAUUCUCUUGUUUUGAUCAUACCCUUUUGCAUCCAAAAGCUGAAAUUGGUCAUACUUUGUUUAUUGAUAUAGAAAGAGCUGAACUUUUUUGUGGGUUGUGUUGUGAUCAAAUUUAUGACCCUGAUUUUGAUCAAGUUGUUAUGGCUAAACAUUCAAUGGUUUUGCCACAAGGUGCUAUUGGUAAUGAGAGUAUUGGUCAGAGAUUGAUUAAGAGAAGGAGAUUGGUUUCUGGGGUUGGAUUGUAUUUGAAUAGUAAAUCUAAGUUUAGUUUUCCAAUUAAAGAUCUGAGGGGUAAAUCUUGUUUUCCUGAGGGAUUAAGGGGUUUGAAUAACUUGGGUAGUACUUGUUUUAUGAAUUCUGUGUUGCAAGCAUUGUUACAUGCACCUCCUUUCAGGGACUAUUUCUUGAGUGGUGGACAUAGUUUGGAAGAUUGUAAGAGAAGAACGAUCGAUCGGCUGUGUUUGAUUUGUGAUAUCAAUGCUGUUUUUUCGGCUAUGUAUUCGGGUGACCGAAAUCCGUAUAGCCCUGCUCGGUUUCUCUACAGCUGGUGGCAGCAUUCGGCAAAUUUAGCGAGUUACGAGCAGCAGGAUGCUCAUGAGUUUUUCAUUUCGAUGUUAAAUACAAUCCAUGAGAAAGAGGGCAUAACAAGGAAUGGAAGCAAAGGAAAUGGUGGAGAUUGUCAAUGCAUUGCUCACAGAGUGUUUUAUGGACUUUUGAGAUCAGAUGUUACCUGUAUGGCCUGUGGAUUCAUCUCAACAACCUAUGACCCUUUUUUGGACAUUUCACUUAACUUAGACAUUAAUAUCGCUUUGACAGAAAAAGGUAAAAAAGUUACCAAAUCAAAUGAGGAUGACAGCAAGUCUACACUUCUCGGUUGUUUGGAUUUGUUCACUCGGCCAGAGAAGUUAGGUUCGGACCAGAAACUUUACUGCCAGAAAUGUAAGGAAAGGCAAAACUCAUUGAAACAAAUGUCAAUUACAAAGCUCCCUCCGGUACUUACUUUGCACGUAAAACGAUUUGAGCAUUCUUUUGUUAAGAAGUUGUCAAGAAAGAUCGACCGAUACCUACAAUUUCCAUUCUCCUUAGACAUGACUCCAUAUUUGUCCUCUUCUAUCCUUAGAGCCAGAUAUGGAAAUAGAAUUUUUAAUUUCGGAGGCAAUGAAUCUGAUACAUUUUCCAAGUUCGAGAUUUUUGCAGUGGUGACACAUUCAGGGACGCUCGAGUCUGGCCAUUAUGUUUCUUUUGUACGACUAAGGAAGCAAUGGUACAGAUGCGACGAUGCUUGGAUCACCGAGGUUGAUGAGGCAACAGUUAGAGCUUCACAAUGUUACAUGAUCUUUUAUGCGCAGAAAACAUUGUUCAAUAACGCAAGUGAAGAUCUGAGUCACCUUCCGACUUCACCUGGAAGAGAGGUUUUCAUUCCUAUUGCUGGUUGUUGCUAGAGAGGAUAUUAAAGAGAGUACACGACAUCAAACAAAAAAGAGCAUCUCGAAGUCCAAUUUGAUGCUCACUGAGAGAACACUUUCUCUUUGAUUCUCUCGCAUGGCUUUUGAAAAUCAUGGUUUGUAGUUGACAAGAAUGAUUUUCAAUAUUCGUAUUGAAGAUUCAAACUGCGACAAGGUGGAUAUGGAAAUGAAAAGCAAGGUUGCUAACAUGACCUUAAUUGAGUAUACACAUGCGGAUAUGUCAACGACAGUUUGAAACAAAGAUCAAGAGCCAGAAGCAACUUGGCUACAUUUAUGCUUUUCAUUCGAACUGAUGAUAAUAAGAGUUGUUCAACAACCAUUGUUACUCGUGUCUCCACUAAGGUAAGUACAUGGAGAAUAAAGAAGAAUCAAGGGCAAAAAAGGUUGCUUCUAAUUUUUGUGUGAAGGACCUUGUAUAACUCAUGACCCUUUUACCUUGAGAGUGUGAAUUUUAAAAGGUUGCUUCAUUGGUGCACAAUAGACAAGGGUAUUGUUAAAGAUGGAUUAUUUCACAAAAGAUAUAUGACUCUUAUCAUUUUCCUGUGUAAUAUCUGUUUUUUAUAAUUGGAUUAUGAUUUUAAGUUUAGGGUUGGACUGGACAGGUUGAUAGGUGGGGUGAUAUAAAGUAUGAGUUGGUGCUGGUUGGGUCAAAAUUUCAGCUAUUUUUUUGGUUCAAAUUUUUAAAGCAAAAUGCAUAAUAUUGGACCAUAUGAACUAAUGAAAAACUUGAUGUGGGAUCUGGAUUAAACACAGUAGCUGCGUCACACAACUACUAUUUUUA